AUCGGCGACGUAAAUAGUCCCGACAUCUGAUCCAGAUUUUCGUCUGCGGGAGGAUUUUGCUGACCCUUGUCCCUGUGUUGUCAUAGUCGCUCCUGAAUACUUGAGGAAUACAAUGUUACAUGAUAUAUGAUGUUGAAUGGUGGAUGUUUAUCCAGAGAAGGACAACAAAGCACUGGUAAACAUGGAUCGUUUAUUGGAGGAUCCACGAGCUUCAUCAAAAUUUGGCUGAAUCUUUUACUUGCAACAUGGGAACUUAAAAGAGACUUUGUCAAGUUCCCAAUAUUUGCCUUAGUGCUAGUGUCCUGUAAGGAUUAAAGACUAUUAUUGGACAGUGAGAUAUUUGUGUUGGUAUGUUCUGAAAUGCAUAGUGAAAAAAUUUUAACAAUGACUUAUUUAGACGUUUGUGGAGACAGUGUACUUAGACAUUUGCCAUUGAUUUACAUUUACUGCAUAUCAUGAACGAAUAUUUGUAACAUGCUUGUGCGGUGUUUACUUGUAUCUCUACAUUGUUCCAUGAACAUUGCAAGGUGAGGAAGUUUCAAAAAAAUUAGAAUUGAUUUUGAUUCUCUUUUUUUUGUCCAGGCUGUAAUGCCCGAACGAAUCAAUCUCAAAAUGAAUGGGGUUGUACCGAGUGUGCCAAUAACUACCCUCGCUGGUAUUGCGAGUCUCAGUGACUUAUUGCCUGAAAUGCCCUUACCAACUCCGCUGCCGCAGACCCUGACUAAUAGUAAGUCACUGCUGUUUCAUCCACGAGUGGCGGAAGAGGCGCAGAUAUUGCUGAGCGUUCGCGAUGAGAAUCUCGUGCCGCAGUUGAUAACGUCCCUGUCACAGACCUCAUCGGAUCAUAUCGAACUAAAGGACAAUUAUGCGAAUACCGAGCAGUCGCUAGAGAACGAACAGAACGCGCCCGAGCUGCUCAAGGCAAUUUUACAGAUCAAUCCUCAUGUAUUCAAGGGACCUCAGCAUAAUUCUCCGAAGAAUUGGACGCAAGGUGCGCCUGUUGUGUUGAAUGCAAAUCAGUCGCCGGCGAGUCAUGGUCGUUUCUCGCCCACUUACUCGAGCUCUUCGAGCUCCAGACACACACCUCAAGGUAGUCCGGCUCAUCCGGCAGCAGCAAGAUCCGUACUUCCGCCGCCGAUGGCCAGCAAUAUCGUUCACGCGCAACAUCCGCGUAUGCCGAUUACACCACAGAAUCACACAGACAUCUCGCAGAUGUCUCCCUUUGCCGUGCCUUCUCCGUCGCCUAGAGGCAACAUUAUGACAGAACAAACGAGAACGCUGGCAACGCCCCAGCAUAUGCAAGAAGACGCGAAUUGUAUAAAUCCCUUAUCGAAUGUAGCUCUUCAAUCGAACAUGUACUCGCCAGCUCAUAUGAGUUCACCCAAUACACCCAAUACGCUGACGUCUCUCGGUAAUGUGACACCUCAGCACAACAUGGCCGGUAUGACGCCGCAACACACUCUUCACAUGGCAUCUCCUAUGCGUGUCGCCAACAUGCAGCAACAACAUCCGGCCAUGGCUAUGCAGCAGAAUCUUUACUGCGAUCCUAUGAUGAAUCAGCAAGUACAUCACGCAUUAGGUGGCAGUCAACCGUUAGACAUGGAUAGCGCGGUGCAGGAAAAUCAACAAUUUCUUCUCGACCCCGUAGCCGGAAUUCCCGAUAUCGAUCUGCCGAUAGAAAACAUCGAUGCGAAACAAGGACAAAUAGAUCAUGCGGUACAACAUUUAUUACCAACUCCUCAGACUACGUCCUAUCCGAAUAUACACGUAACUGACAUGGUUAACGCUGUAGUUCCGACUGCAGCUAGCGAAGCACCUAGUGUGCAGCAUCAGCAAAACAAUAAUUCGGAAAAGAAUAUGAAAGUUCCUGGAAAUGUAAUAGAGAAACUGAAAGAACCGGUUGUGAUGUUGAGUAGAUUAUCGAAAUCCGAUCAGGAACUCUUGCAGAAAAGUUUGCACGCGUUUACAGAGAAAUCUCCGAAUCGCGCUGCAAAAAUGGGCAUUUCCAAUCGCGACGACACGUCCAAGACCGAUUCCGAAAGCGAAGAGGAGAUCGGUAAGAACAAUAAGUACUUCAAAGCUCGCGCUAAAGAGCGACAAGUGCAGCGAGAGAAGGAGAAAGCGGAACGGCGGAAGAGCGAAGACAAGAUUCGACGAAGAAAAAGGAUAACGGAUGACGAUGAAGAGGAGGACAGGCGAGAUACGACAAACGCGAAACCAAAAAUACGCAAGGUGGAGAAGAAGCUAGUGCCUGUUUUAGCCAAACUGAGCGUAGAAGAGUUGAUGGAGACCAAUACGUAUCAACGAUUUAAUUCCACCAUAGACACGAUCUUCGAAAAUACCGAGGAUAUCACGGCGAACGCCGAUUUUGAAGACGAUGGCGACGUGCCUCCGGAGAUGCUUAUUCCUAAAUAUCAACUGCACGACCUUUGCACGGAAGCGGCCAAACUAAAAUCGCUGGGCGCUAUGGAAUCGAUACCAACAGACAGACUGGUGAGAUUGCUGAACAUACUUGAGAAAAAUAUACGAGACGGUGCCAGAGUGACGCCGCUCGUAGAUCCGGACGACGAUGUCGAAGAAGGACGAUUGUGGAUGCAAUUGGCGAUGGAACGAGUGCAGCGUGCUGUAGACUCGUCGUUAAUCGCGUUGCACAUUAUGACUUCCUCAAAUAUGCCGAAGACAGUUUACUUGGAGGACGUAAUAGAUCGGAUAGUUCUCUUUAUGAAGUUUCAGCUGGUUAACACGAUCUAUCCCACCUUCGAUCCCGUUUACAAGACAGAUACGAAAAAUAAGACUGAAAAUUUUAAUUCUAGCGGGCGUAAGAAGCGGGGCCACAUGAAGGAGGUGCGCGAGAAGAGUAUCUUACAAGUUUACAACAAAAUGCACGAGCUUGUGGGUCUGCUAGCUGAACUUUUGAACAUACAAGUUCUAACGGACACAAGUGUGCUUCACGCGUCGUCGUUAGGCGUUGCGCCGUUCUUCGUCGAAUCGGUUAGCGAUCUUCAGUUGAGCGCGUUGAAACUCGUCACCGUAAUCUUCACUAAGUACGAGAAACACAGAAGACUACUGCUGGAUGAUAUUCUCGCGUCCAUAGCAAGACUGCCCAGCAGUAAAAGAAGUUUACGCACGUACAGGCUUAACUCCGAAGAUCACAUACAGAUGUUGACCGCGUUAGUUUUGCAGCUUAUUCAGUGCGUGGUAGUUCUCUCGGACACUAAACCUUUGAAAGAAGAAGACGAAAAGCGAUCCAGUCACGUAGACGCCGAUGUCUUCAUUAUCAACAAAUACGAGACCGCCACCAGAAUUGCCGGGAAUUUUUUAACAGUGUUUCUUAACAAAUGCGGUAAUAAAGGCGAGGAGAUUGAUUACAGACCAUUGUUUGAAAAUUUCGUCCAAGAUUUACUGGCGACGGUAAAUAAACCCGAAUGGCCUGCCGCCGAAUUGCUGUUGAGUCUUCUCGGAAAUCUAUUGGUAGGACACUUUUCUAAUAAGAGUUCCGAUAUGUCACUCCGAGUGGCUUCUAUCGAUUAUCUCGGUGUAGUCGCAGCCAGGCUGCGCAAGGACGCGGUUAGUUCGCAAUGCAAGUUAUCGACCAUAGAUCAGAUAAUACGGGACAUUAAGCUCGAACAGCAAAAGGACUCGGAUUAUGAGCAGCAGAGGGAUAAGGAAAUUGUCGGAUUGAGCGAGGACGAAGAAAGGACGGUAUUUCUUCAGAAAGUACUUUUGGAUUAUCUAGCUGUUAAUGGAACAAAGGACUCGGCCCUAGGAUACGCUCGUCAUUUUUAUCUAGCCCAGUGGUAUCGGGACUGCGCGCUGGAAAAAUCUCGAGUGGCUCAAUCAAAGAAUAGCCCGAGUAAAAAAAUGCACAAAAAACGAGCGAAAAAGAAAAACCGUCAUAACAGUGAUCAAGACUCCGAAUCCGACUUAGACGAACAAGAUCCGGAUGAAAAUGACAAUAAUGAGCAAAGGAAUUCGGAGGCUUAUCGAAUAAUCGAGGAAAAGAAGAAAUACAUCGUCGGUAGAAUAAAACCUUGCAGUUCGGGAAGAAAACUGGAUAUUCUUCAGACGUACAUCGACUACAACUCUGCGGAAUUGAUCUCGCAAUAUCUCGCGUCCAAGAGACCGUUUUCACAGAGUUUUGAUAGAUAUCUCAAGCAAAUUCUUCACGUGCUGACAGAAUCGUCAAUCGCCAUAAGAACCAAGGCGAUGAAAUGUUUAACAAUGAUCGUCGAGGCCGAUCCAAGCGUGCUUGCAAGAGCGGACAUGCAAAUGGGCGUGAAACAUUCGUUUCUUGAUCAUUCUACGUCGGUGCGAGAGGCGGCGGUUGAUUUGGUGGGCAAGUUCGUAUUAAGCAGACCUGAAUUGAUUGAUAAAUAUUACGAUAUGCUGUCCGCUAGAAUCCUGGACACCGGUGUGAGUGUGCGUAAACGCGUUAUCAAGAUUCUCAAGGAUAUCUGUAUGGAGUGUCCGGACUUUCCCAAGAUUCCAGAGAUAUGCGUGAAGAUGAUAAGAAGAGUGAACGACGAGGAGGGGAUUCGAAAGCUCGUUAUGGAGGUUUUUCAAAAUAUGUGGUUUACUCCGGUGAGAGAGCGUCCAACUCUGGACACAGAAUCGCUACUAAGGAAAGUGAUGACCAUCACAGAUGUCGUGGCUGCCAGCAAGGAUAUGGGACUCGAAUGGUUCGAGCAGCUCUUGAUAAGUCUGUUUAAGCCGAAGGAGGACAAAGACGACAGCACGAAGAUGCAAACAGAGCCACCGCGAGCGCUGCUAACGGCGUGCAAGCAGAUCGUCGACUGUCUGAUUGAAAAUGUGCUCCGGCUAGAGGAAACAAAUUUAGGAAAUUCGGAACAGUCAGGCAAAAAAGGCUCGUCCCAGAGACUAGUUGCGUGUCUCACUACGCUCUACCUUUUUGCCAAAAUUCGGCCGCGGUUACUGGUUAAUCACGCAAUUACUUUGCAGCCUUAUUUGAGCCUCAAGUGCCAGACGCAGGGUGAUUAUCAGAUCAUCAGCAGCGUCGCGCACACGCUCGAAUUGGUGGUUCCCUUGAUGGAACAUCCUAGCGAAACUUUUUUAGCACAAUUGGAAGAGGAUUCGGUGAAGCUAAUUUUGCAACACGACAGAUCGGUGGUCGCGAGCUGCCUCUCGUGUCUGGGUUCUAUAGUUAAUAACGUCACGCGAAACUUCAAGCUGAUCCGAGAUUGCUUCAAGAAAUAUUACGGACACUUGACGGAGUACAAAUUGUUGUAUGAAAAAGAUCCAAAAAAUCCAUCGCUGUUGAAAUGGAGACCGUUUUUCCGGCGAGCGCUGUUCACAGUCGGCUUAUUGCUGCGUCAUUUCAACUUUACGGAUCCCGAAGUGAUAGAAGGACUGGCGGAUAAUAUCAAAGACCAGGUCUUCGAAACACUCAAUUAUUUCGUUCAUCAAGAUAACGAUGAUAUUCGCCAUUUCACUCUUUCGGCGAUUGGUUCUCUUUGCAUACGGCAUUAUGAAUUCAUGAUGCUGCCGGAACUAAAAGAGCUGUAUCAUCAUCUGCUAACUUCGGAGAACGCGUUGGUCAACAUGAGGAUUCAGGUGCUGAAUAACAUCGAAGUCUACUUGCAAGAAGAGGAGAAGAGAAUGAUCAAGCAGGAUCUCGAGUGGGCAAAGAUGUCAAAACAGGAAAAUCUGAAGGAAAUGGGCGAUGUUUCGUCAGGUAUGGCGAGCACCGUCAUUCAAUUGUACAUCAAAGAGAUCCUCGAAUCCUUUCUCCACGUCAACAUAAACGUGCGACACGCGGCUCUCAAAGUUAUCCAGCUGAUCUUGGCGCAAGGUCUAGUGCAUCCGGUUCAAAUAGUGCCAUAUCUGAUCUGCAUGAGCACAGAUUGUGAAAAAGCAGUGAGCCACAGCGCGGACAAACAACUGCAAGAUAUCGAGAAGAAGUAUCCGGGUUUCAUACACAUGAAAUCGCAAUUUGGUAUGAAACUAAGUUAUCGGUUACAGAAAAUCUUGCAAAACGACAUUACGGUUCGGGGUAUGCGAAUAAAAGAGGGCGAAUUUCCGAGCGCGUUGAACGGCUUUCUUUACACGAUCUUGCGCACUACGAAACAGCAGAGGCGAGCGAUUGUGUUGUCAUUCCUCAAACAUUUUGAAGAGAAUGCCAAGACCAAUCUAUCGCAAAUGUUGUACCUGGCGGACAAUCUCGCCUACUUUACAUAUCAAGUGCAGGACGAGCCGCUCUUUAUAAUCCAUCACAUCGAUAUCAUCAUCUCCGUGUCUGGUACAAAUCUGUUGCAAUCUUUCAAAGAGGCUCUGCUACCGAAAGAAGGCAACACGCAUUCGCAAUCCGGACAGAUAGCGACAGUGCCGCCAACAGGACCGGAUGGCCAACCGAAAUCGGAUCAGUUGCUAUCAACUCUGGAGGACGAAGAGGACGAUGAAGAGGAUGAAGAAAGUCUUUUGACUAGGUUACCAAGCGACACAACUCUGCUCAGAGGAUAUAUUACCGCCAGUCAAGGUUUUUUGCUUCUAUUAACACUUCGGCAGCAUCUCAAGGAUCUCUAUGGCUUUUCCGACGCAAAAAUAGGACAAUAUUCGCCAUCGGAAGCAGCCAAGGUUUACGAGAAAGCGGUAAAUCGCAAGAGCAAUAUGCACUUUGAACCCAAGGCCACCCUGCAGAGGUUGCGCGAGGGCAUGACUGAUACCAACGCGGAACUUGACGCAAGUGGUAGGAAGAAACUCGUGAAGGAGUAUCUGGACUUUAAGCAGCUGAUGCUCAAGUUUGAUCCCGAAGAACCGGACGAUGAUGGUGGUAACGACGCCGACACCAGUGGCGGUGGCAAGCAGAGCGAACAAUCGAUGAGGAUACAGCCGCAUGCAGAGGCAAAUGGCGACAGAACGGCUAUAGCGGACGGCGUCGUCAUCAAUGACGGUGCCACCUUGGCCGUUGCGAGCGGCCAACAAUUUCAGUUACCACUACAACCGAAUCUGAACUCCUCCGCUCCGAUGGAGCAUCCGAACAACUCCGUGAAUUCGUUGCCGCCAAUGGCGACGACGACACCACGAGUACCGAAGCUGACGAUACACACCCAACCGGACGCGAGAGAAUCGCAGCGCAAGCAUCGCGGACACAAGACGGACAAAUCGGUGAGGAAGCAGAAAAAGAAGAAGAGGAGAAGAAUCUCCGACAGCAGCGAGAGCGGUGAGGACUACAGUGACCCUGACUUUCUUGUGUGAGUGCAGUGGUACAUUUCGCCCUCUAUGUGUACAUAUACAUGUCCGUGAUAGUGUGUGCGUGUAGUUCGCCAGCUCGAAUGAUUCUCAUUUCGCGUCGACGAUAUUUGAACGCUAUUACAGCGCGACGAUUCUCUUACCCCGUCCCCCAAAAUGACUUUAUUUCCCUUCGAAGUGACUUUGAAGAUGGUUCGUCGAAAGCAGUUGGAAAACUGCAUAGAAACUAAGUAGCGAUGUGGGAAUGUAUGUGAGCGAGAGAAAGAGAGAAAUUUCGAUAGAAAUGAUAGGCGAAGAUUUUUUUAAUGCGAAUGUUCAGAUAGAAUUUAGCAUAUUGUUGGCCGAAGUGGCGGGCGUCUGUGUGGUUUAUCGAUCCGCCAUACCGUUGUUAGUGAAAUCGGAUCGUUACAUAUAUGCGAUCGGUUCGAGAACUUGGCUCAUUGAUGCGAACUAAUUUUCGUCUCUCUUCUUCGCUAAAACAAACGUUUAUUCUUAGAGAUAGAAGUUGUUUGCUCGAAUCCGUCGAAAUAGAGCAGAAGACAAGCAAUUUGAAAAUCAGAAAAAUAUGAUACCAUAUAAGCCAAGUUCUCCGCGAGAGCACAUACAAUAAAGUACAAUAAUACGUUCGAACAAAAUUCAUCUGUAAAUAGUAUCACAUAUUGACGAGGACGUACAGUUGUUGGCUUUUUUGCAUUAAAAAAGAAAUAAAUUACUAUGCGAAGAGAAAAUAAUCAACAGAAAAAUAACAUUUAGUUCGAUAUUGAUUCAAUCUGUUUAUUUUGUAUUUCUUGGGUUUUUUUUAGAAUUGAACUUGAAAUUUAAAAACCAGUAAAUACCACUUGUAUUUCGAUAAUAUUAAAAUCUAAGCCUGUGGCACAUGAUUUUUCUUUUUUGUGCAAGAUCGCAUGGCAAGCGCCAGAAUCGACCGAUCGUGAUUUGGAACCUAAAGAAUUUGUCGAAUCGUCAUGAUGCUCGCGAUCCAGCAUAAAAAAAAUGCAUUGCGUGCCGUAGGUUUUAUUAUAAUUUAGA